UUUGUUCAGACUUGCUUCCAGAAGUGUUUUGUCCUUCCGCGGCCGCCGUACUUGCGACAGCAACAUGGCGGCAGACGGUGGCUGCCCCAAGGAUUUUGUGGUGUAUGGGACUCCCCUGGAGCCUCUGGAAGAAGACGAGGGCCCAAAGAAGCCAAUCCCACUCCACGAGCAGACGGUCAAGGAUGAAAAGGGGCGGUACCAGAGGUUCCAUGGCGCCUUCACCGGAGGCUUCUCUGCUGGUUAUUACAACACUGUGGGCUCCAAAGAAGGGUGGACGCCGUCGACUUUUGUGUCGUCAAGGCAACAGAAGGGGGACAAGCAUCAUGCCACACCAGAAGACUUCAUGGAUGAGGAGGACAUGGGCGAGCACGGCAUCGCUCCCGCCCAAAUCACCACCACACAGCCGUUUGCGUCCAGCCACAACGCCGGGGACAAGGCGAGGGCGGUGAACGCGCAGACGGCGGUCAUCCCCGGGGACACUUUGCUGGAGGAGCUGAUCGCCCCAGCCAGGUCUUCGGUGGGCGUGGAGCUCCUGACGAGUAUGGGCUGGAAACCAGGACAAGGGGUGGGGCCUCGUGUGAAGAGGAGGGCUCGCCGCCAACACACAGCAGAGAGCGCCAUCAGAGUGUACGGCUGUGCUCCGCCCCCCAACGGCUCGGAGGGUUCAGAGGAGGAAGAAGACGAUGAAGAGUUUGCCCCCGAGAACGUGACCUUCGCCCCCAAAGACGUGAGCGCGGUGGACUUCAGUCCCAGGACCGGGCCUCAGGGUCUGGGCUACAGCGGUCUGGACCCGGGCCUGGCUCUGGGGGGCCGGGGGGCCGGCGAGCACAUCGACUUGUUCCAGCCCAACUCCGACGCCAGGAGUCGACUCUUCGGAGAGGCUCCGAACAGCUCGCGGCGACGCGGCGUGGCCGGCCAGGCUUUUGGCGUGGGGGCGCUGGAGGAUGACGACGAAGAUGUGUAUCACAAAGACUCCAUGUCCAAAUAUGACGUGGUGCUGGAUGGGGAGGAGCCUGGAGACGGCCUCUACGGAUGGACGGCGCCUGAGCGCAAGGCCAGAAAACCAAACCUCAAGGAGGCGGACUACAUCGGUAAAAUCUUGGAAGGUUUUACGUUGGCACAGAAUACCGAAGAACACAAAACGUUCUUCCGCCCUCCAGUGCUGCCCGCCAACUAUCGGCCCGUUCAUCAUUUUCGACCCCCAGUGGAGAUCUCACAUGUGACCGGGGUCAGUGCGGCACUGGCCGAAGCUCUGAAGUCGUCCAGGGGCCACAUGGUGAAGGAGGAGCCUCCACAGGGAGGACGUCAUCAGUUGGUGUCCGGCCAGAGAAUGGCGAUGCUGGGAGAAGACUCCUUAAAAGGUCCCACUUCAGUCAUGGAUCUGCUAAGGCCUGAAGACAGAGAGCGACUGCUCCGCCUCCGCGCCGCUUCUGGCGCCGUUCCGACAACGGCCCCUACCCCGACAACCGACCCUGCCCCGACAACGGCCCCCCCCCAUAAUACCAUGCGCCCUGUCGCCCCGAUGCCCCUAAGUGGGGCUGGCGGCGCCGCGUCCUCCAGUUUGAAGCAGCAGCAGGACGCCAUGGCGGCGUGGAAAGGACACACCACCUCGCACGCGUUCAAGCCCUUUGAGGAGAACGCCAGCAAGCAAGCUCGCUACAGCUUGUAUCUGAGCCGCCUCCAGCAGGGAGAAAAAGACGCCCUCGGCCAAAGUUUGGAUCCGGCCAUGACGGAGUGGGAGCGCAGCCGGGAAGGGGAUGAGUUUGUCCGAGCCUCCAUCUUGUACCGACCCAUCUCUUCCGUGCUGUCGAGUCGCUUCACUCGAGCCAAAACCCAGGAAGACGACGAGAACGUGGAAGUAGACCGAGACCAGGAGCGUGACCUCAAUGACAAACAAGCUGCUGUCAGGAUGAAAAUGUUUGGACAACUCACCAGAGAAACCUUUGAAUGGCAUCCUGAUAAACUUUUGUGCAGAAGAUUCAACGUGCCCGACCCUUACUCUGGGUCUUCCACAGUUGGUCUUCCCCAAGUGAAGCGAGACAAGUUUUCUGUCUUCAACUUCCUGUCAGUGACAGAGAGCAGCGGAAGCACAGCCCCAGCAAAGGCUCUGCAGACCGUCAAGAAGUCCAGAUGGGACCAGGAGGCGGAUAAGAACGACCCGCUCGAUCACCUGAUCAGCGAGGCCAGAGAGCAAACAAGUGACGCCACUUUGGACCAAGCGACAGAAGCAUCGCCCAGUACAAUUUCUGAGCCGGCAGCAGACAACAAAACAAAGGAACGUAAUAAUGGCAACGAGGAUGAGAGUGAGGACGACGACGACGACGAGGAGGAGGACGAGGACGAGGACAAGGAAGAAGAAGUGGAGGAGGAGAGCCGACCCCCCAUGGACUUGUUCAAGGCCAUCUUUGCCAGCUCCUCAGACGAAAAAUCCUCUUCGUCCGAUGAAGACGGUGAGGAGGAGGAGCCAAAAGAGGAAGAAGUCAAGUCGCAGCCGACAAACCUCUUCAACAUCUCGUCGUCUUCCUCCGUCACGAGCACCGCCACGAGCACCGUCACCAGCACCGUCACCAGCACCGUGAUGAGCACCGUGACGACGUCCUCGCAGCAGACCACGGCCGUUUCCUGUCUCAUGCCAUCAGAGGAAGUGCUCGAGUUCGGUCCCAAGCUACCGCCUCCAUGGCUCGGCCCAGCCAAAGUGGGCGCUACUUCCCCCAAUGAGUGGGAGAAGAAUAAAGACAGGAAACACAAGAACAAGAAGCAACACAAACACAAAAAAGACAAGAAGAAGAAGAAAGCCAAGAAGCACAAACACAAAGUGAAGCAGGAGAAGAAGAAGAGGAAGAAGAAGGAGCAGAUGUCCUCCAGCAGCUCAGAGCAGAGUAAUGACGAUGACGACGACGAAGAGGUGCUGUCCACAGAGGACAUACUGAAAAGGCUGAAGAGCGUCACAUCAUCAACAUCAUCACUGGCAGCAAAGUGACCUAUGACCCCCAUCACGGAUGAACAUUCUAAUGACUUUUAGAAAGAACUGACCUGACGACAUCAUCACGUGAAUAAAACCUAUUUUUUAUCGUU